AUGGCCGCACGACCGAGAUCACUAAGCUCUGCAUCGUCCUGCAUUUUGAUCGACGUCAUCGACAUCGACGAUGAUCCGCAGGAUGUCUUUGAGGACGUGGUUAUCGACCUCACUGGCGAUCACCUGAGCCACAGCUUGCUUCGUGAUGGCGAAGUCGCUCUUGAUAGGCUUCAAGCCCGAGGGCAAACGUUUUCACCAGGCGAUGUCAUUGAGGUGCACGGCGCGCAUUUGGGCUCUUACUCCGUUGACUUCCUGCAAGUCAAGGUUAUUGCCGAAACCCGUUCCAGAGAGCCCAUUCUCCGCGGCCUUCCGCUCGUGCGGACCACGAGCCUUUUGGGCAAACUGCACAUGAAAAAGAACGAAGUUUGUUUGCUCCAGUUCGUCGAGCGCACUGCCGACGAUAACUUUCCCAAUCGCCCGAUAUUUCUGGACAUCCGCCCUGAAACAAAUAUCGAGAAAAGAACUCUGAUAAUCACCAAUGCUCCAUACCCCGAACAUAGCUUCUCGUCACUCAAGGAUCGAAUUGGUGAAAGAACACGACGACAAGGCCGGGCUGAGCGCAGUGGUCUUCUUGCUUGCCGAUGGAGGCUCACGGUAUAUUUCGCCAGGAAAGGCCGACAGAUGCGACCCGUUGAAGAGGCUCUGGAGAGUCUACUCGCAGCCGACGUGCCGGAUGUCCAGUAUCGCGUUCCAGAUGAGGCACUCCAGAACAGAUGGCAUGGCGUCUACGCCAAAGGCGGGUCGUGGAACGGAGGGCGGCAUGCUCAUGUAGACCUGGAAGCAGUUCCUCGGGAGCCUCGAACCAGGGGCCACGGACAAAAAUACACGUUCUUCGACGCCUUUUCUAGCGCAGGAGGCGUCUCACGUGGAGCCCAGGGAGCUGGGUUCAAGGUUCAAUACGCCGUCGACAAUUCGCCCGAGGUCUGGGACACUUACCGGAUGAAUUUUCCAAACGCCACGCUCUAUCGAACGUGCAUUCACGGGUUCCUCGAACAGACGACCAGGAACCACGUCCGAGUUGAUUGCCUGCAUUUGUCGCCGCCGUGCCAGUAUUUCUCGCCGGCGCACACUCAUGACUCUGUGCACGAUGCGGAUAACAUAUCUGCCCUUUUUGGGUGUGGCGAGUUGGUCAAGAAGACAAGGCCUCGAAUCAUCACCCUGGAGCAGACGUUUGGGAUUACCCACAACAGACACCUGCCAUACUUCCGAGCCUUGAUCAGUCAAAUGACGCAGUACGGAUACUCGGAUAGAAAGCGACUCGUUGUAGUCGCGGCCAGUCCUGGACACCGGCUUCCGCCCUUCCCAGAAGCCACUCACUCGGAGACGGGCGGCGGCGGCCGGAAGCCUUUUACCACCAUCAGCCAGGCCAUAAGCGGCAUUCCACGGGAGCGUGGCCUGCACAACGUCCGGGGCGUCCGUCACUUCCGGCCCCCACGAGCGCCUUUCAAUUCCCACAAGCUCGCGGGCACAGUCACUACGGGGUUUUCCGCACCGCCACCGGUUUGCGGGGAAUAA